GCACCAAUACCAUCUAAAAUCAUUCAGAAAAAAUGAAAGCUUUAAUCUCUAACCUUGCCAUCUUUUCGAUCUUCGUUUUGUUUUUUAUUUCAUCGGUGACAUCUACCGACCAAGUCAAUAAUUUUCUCCAAUGUCUUCCUACACAUUCUCACCGUUCCUUUCCAAUUGCCGAUGCCAUAUUAACUCCCACCAACUCCUCUUUCCAAUCUAUUUACCAGUUACGUGCGAAUAACCUUCGAAUCUUAUCGUCGGCAACUUCGAGACCAGUGGCCAUUAUAACUGCCCUGCAUCCAUCCCACGCUCAAGCCACCGUGAUUUGUGCCAAGCGCCAUGGGUUGCAAGUAAGGAUCCGAAGUGGCGGCCAUGAUUACGAGGGACUUUCGUACACCUCCGACGUCCCAUUUGUGAUUCUGGAUAUGUUCAACCUUAAGUCCAUCGAUAUCAAUAUGAAAACCGAGACAGCGUGGGUUCAGGCCGGGGCCACGACGGGUGAACUUUAUUAUAGAAUAGCUGAGAAAAGCAAUGUCCAUGGAUUCCCAUCUGGUGUUUGCACCACUCUCGGCAUUGGUGGACACUUCAGUGGAGGUGGCUAUGGAUUUCUUAUGAGAAAGUACGGGCUCUCCAUCGAUAACGUCGUUGACGCGCAGCUGAUCGACGCCAAUGGUAGAAUCCUUAACCGGAAAUCAAUGGGAGAAGAAGUGUUUUGGGCAAUAAGAGGUGGUGGAACAACCAGCUUUGGGAUCAUCCUUUCAUGGAGGGUGAAGCUGGUUCGUGUCCCACCUAAGGUUACUGUUUUCACCGUCCAAAGGAUUUUGAACCAAGGCGCAACCGACCUAGCUUAUCGUUGGCAACAAGUUGCACCGAAACUGCCUAAAGAUCUCUUUGUGAGACUUCAGCCUGAGCCUAUUAACAAUGGUGGCAGCAACAAAACCAUUAGGGUUUCAUUCAUCGGCCAUUUUCUAGGACAAACUGACAGACUUAUACAAUUGAUGAACGUAAACUUUCCCGAACUGGGUUUGACCCGAAAUGAUUGUUUAGAGAUGAGUUGGGUCGAAUCAACCCUAUACUGGGCCGGUUUCCCCACCGGAACCUCCAUCGAUGUGUUGCUGAAUAGAGUGCAAGUGGACCGAGUGUUCUACAAGACCAAGUCCGAUUACUACAAAGCAGUGAUUCCUAGGCAAGGCUUGGAGACAUUAUGGCAAGUGUUGAUGGACAUUGAAAACAUCUUCGUACAACUGAACCCUUACGGCGGGAGGAUGGAAGAGAUUUCAGGGUCGGAAACUGCCUUCGCACACCGCGCUGGGAACCUAUUCAAGGUGCAAUACACAAUUACAUGGUCCGAGUCCGACGGAGGCAUCAACGCCGCGGGACGUUUUGUCGAACUAUCGAGGAGGUUGUACAGUGCAAUGGCACCGUACGCGUCGAGCAACCCGAGAGAAGCGUUCGUCAACUACCGGGAUCUCGACGUCGGCAGCAAUGAAAGUGGGGAGACGGAUUUCGAGGUCGCGAGGGAAUACGGGACCAAGUAUUUCGGGAACAAUUUCAUGAGGCUGACGGCUGCAAAAGCCAUGAUUGACCCCGAUAAUUUCUUCAAGAAUGAGCAAAGCAUACCGCCAUUGCCAACGCCGCCAGCUCAUUGAACAAUCGUCUUCUUCAACUAUCAAUAAGAUUGGAAGCAAAUAUCAUGUCGUUUCUCUUGCCAC